AUCCUAAAAUCUGGUAAGAAAAUAGCCUCCCCCUAUACAGAUUCCAUUUUCCUUUCUCCUGCUUCUUCAGGGGUCAAAACUUUCUCCAAAAUCUCUCUCCAUCCUUGAUCGGAACCUUGUCUUCUGUGGCUUCUGCUCUCUCAACCCACUGGAUGGGACUCUCUUCUCGGUCCUUCUCUGAGGACAUGUUCUAGAAGUUUCAGCCAUAGGGAGAUAAUCAACUGAUGCUGCCUUGCAGCAAUGACCUCAGUCUUACUGUCCUUUCUGCCUCUCAAGACUACUCAGCUCCAUGUGAUGGGGUGAAGGUGGGGUUGGGGGUCACACUAGCUUUCAAAACUCUCCCAUGAAGCUGUGUCUUGCUCCAUCCCUAACUGCCAGGGCUGACUGGGUCUUACGGUGAUUUCUUUGUCUGGAAAGAAGAAAGCCUGGUCUGCUCCAAGGUCUUUCCUUGUAGAAGGGCUUAGAGUAGCAGAAGUAUCGGCAUCUGCACUUUUUUAAGUAGAGACUGCCAAUUGGCAGGGCCCAUCUAUAGUAGCCUUAAACCCACUAUUUGAUAUAGUCACUAACUGCCUGGUCUGUACUCUUUAAGUCCUGAAUAUGGUCUAAUUUCCAUUCUCCUUCCAACCCCCUCCUCACCCCUACCCUGUGGUCCAUUAUGAUUCUGGAUAAGCUCAGGUCCUCUCUUGGGUUAGUUUAUUUGUUGCAUUCAGGGCACAAAGAGCUCUGAACCAACAACUCACUCUUUCUCCCCUCACCUCCACAGGCUUGAGAAUAUGCUGUUCCUCUCUCCCCUUUCCACCAUGGACCCCACACUGUGGCCUUUCUUUCAGGUCCUCUGAGACUGGUACCCAGGCAAGACACAAUGCCCCUGUUCCCGACGACAAGACUGCUUAGCCCCUAUGGCUCUGAUCGGCUGGUACGGCUAGCAGCCAGGCUCCGGCCAGCACUGUGUGAUACCUUGAUCACUGUGGGAAGCCAAGAAUUCCCUGCCCACAGCCUGGUCUUGGCAGGUGUGAGCCAGCAGCUGGGCCGCAGGGGCCGCUGGGCUCUGAUGAAAGGCAUCAGCCCUUCUACCUUUGCCCAGCUUCUGUACUUUGUUUAUGGGGAGAGUAUAGAACUGCAGCCUGGGGAACUGGGACCCCUUGAGGAAGCGGCCAGAGCCCUGGGGGUACAGUCUCUGGAAGAGGCAUGCAGGAAGGCUCGACGGGACAGGGCUAGAGAACUGGGUCCAGGGCUCAAGGAACAUCAGGAGGAGCCAGAGAAACCCACAAAGGAUUCUGAGAGAGGACUGGAGGGACAUGGAGAGCAGAGACCAGAGACAUUUGUUAGAGCUGGUUGGAGAAAACAAGAGGCACUGCAUGAGCAAAGGCCACCAAAAGACAGCUCUGAGAGAGCAGAGGCAAUGAAGGAGGGUGCGGGGAAGCAGAUGACAUCAAAGGAAAAACUUAAGCAAUCCCCUAAUGGCCAUGCAGGAACAGAUGGGAAGCAAGACGGGAUUAUGUGGGUGACAGAGAGUCCAGGGGGCUCUGAGGAAGGUCUGCGGGAGUUCUCUGGCCCCCUUCCCCCACCAGGUUCCCUCCAAACAAGCGUCAUUCCUAGGCCCUGGUGGGCUGAGGCCCCUUGGUUGGGGGAGGGCCAGCCCGCCCUGUGGAGCAUCCUGCUGUUGCCACCCAGAUAUGGCACUCCCUUCUCCCAUAGCACCCCCAUCACUGGAGCCUGGCAGGAGGUCUGGCCUCGGGACCAGAGGAUCCCAUUGUCCCUGAACCCUGAGAAAGGUUUCUGGAACCAGAACCAGUUGGCCAACUCCAGUCCUGCCGCAGGUUUCCUCCCCCAGGGCCCCACAAAGCUCAGCCCUGGGGAGAUGAAAGAGUCUGAUCAGAGGCACACAGGUGCACUUGCAACCUGUGUGGGUCAUGUGAGUAGAGCAGGCCCAUCUCGCCAACAACCUCCCCCACCCCCACCUGCUCGGUCUCGGCCCUAUUCUUGUUCUGUCUGUGGAAAAAGGUUCUCACUCAAGCAUCAGAUGGAGACCCACUACCGAGUCCACACAGGAGAGAAGCCCUUCUCCUGUAGCCUCUGCCCCCAGCGCUCCCGGGACUUCUCAGCCAUGACCAAGCACCUGCGUACGCAUGGGGCCGCACCAUACCGCUGCCCUCUGUGCCAGGCCGGCUGCCCCAGCCUGGCCUCCAUGCAGGCGCACAUGCGCGGCCACUCGCCCAGCCAGCUCCCACCUGGAUGGACCAUUCGCUCCACCUUCCUCUACUCCUCUUCUUCGAGGCCAUCCCGGGCCUCGACCUCUCCCUGUAGGUCCCCUUCCUCAACCACCUGAUGGUGUUGGUAGCUUCUUUGGCUUCAGCUGACAAUACAAUUAAAGAAUGAAAGACGGGCCGACGGGCUGGCUAGGUUUCUGACCCAGCACCACAGCUAUUGGCAGCCUGAGAAAUCCGGCUCCAAGAAGCGCCGCAGAAAAGGCGCUGCAAGCCUUCUUCCAGAUGACCACGGGCCCCAGAAGCCUGGGCCAGCGAGCCCGUGUGGGGUGCGGGCAGUGAAGUUUGCACGAGUGAAAAUUGUGCGGGGACUAGCGAUUCCAUCAUCAAAAUAAAGAGUUUCCUGUGCCCUCCUCUCAGGACCAGAA